AUGGCGUCGCCGCAUCACUCGGGCUCCGCAGCAACCGCGGCCUGCGCCAGCGCGGCCGCGCGGCCGCCGCAGCCGCCGCUGCUGGUCCCCCCUCAGAAGCUACCAUCACUUGCCGCGCACAAGACAAAGCUCCAGCAGCCUGGCGGCCCCGCUGGGUUUCGCUCGCAGGCCUGCAUCAGCGCCGGCGACGGGAGCGACGCCACCCAAUUCAAGCCCUCACCCGACCGCCAAGCCCAAGCCGGCGCCGUCGCCGCCGCCGCCGGGCCCCGGGCCUGGACGCUGCCAGCACGGCCUGUACAGCUUGGGUUUGUCAGCCCCGGGCCACACCCGCCCGAGACGGUCCAGGCGUCCGCGCUGAUCGGGAGCGCGGCGGGGGACGCGGCACAUGGGAGCGACGGCAACGGUACCGGCAGCGGCGUCGGCGGCACGCCCGGUGGCAGCGCCGGCGCCGGCAUCGAGCCGUUUGCGCCGAGCGCUGCUGCUCCCGCCGCGGCCGACGGCGCCGGCCUGCCGCCGGGGCCCUCGCGGCCGCGGCCGCCGCAUGCGGCCAGGCCCGGCGGAGCGUCUUGCCCCCCUGACGCGCUCCUGCCGAUCCCGGCACAAGCGCUGCCUGCGGAGCUUUCGCACCUGCGUAAGCGGAUCAAGAUCGUGCAGCCAAUCUCAGCGGCGUGGGAAGAAGAGGCCCUCCGGGCCACCAGCGGCAGCGCCAGCGCCGACAGCAGCUGCGGCGGCCGCGACGGCAGCGGCGGCGCGGCCGCGGCGCGGCGGCGGCUGGGCGGCCGCAGCGCCUCGGGGUCUCGGGGCGGCAGCAACAACAGCGGCGGCGGCCCAGCGGGCAGCACGGCCGCGGCGCCAUGCGCGGCGGCGAUUGCCAGCAUCCCUUGCGGCGGGGACGGCAGCGGAAGCGGCAGCGACGAGCGUAUUGUCCGCCGCCGCAGCGGCGGCGGAGAUGGCAGGCGCAAGGGCGGGGUGUUGGACUCACACGCCGCGAACGAGGGGGACGUGAGCAGCCCGCGGCGCCACAAGCAGCGCGACGGCCACGCGGCCGCCGCCACAAACACACGCAGAGACGGCAGCAGCGACGGGGCGGCGCCUCGUGACCACAAGCGCGACCAGCACCACCAGCAGCACCACCACCACCGGCGCCAGCGGCGUCGGCACAGCAGCGGCGACCGCUCGCCGCCGGCAACGCGGCGCAAGGGGGCACCGGUGCCGGCCGACUCUCGGCGCUCUGUCGCGCCAGCCAAUGGCCCCUGCACCGGCGGGCUGCCGCCCGCCCACCCCUCGUGCUCGCAGCAGCAGCAAAGCUGCGAGCGUGCGGUUUCGCUGCCGCUUGCGACAGCAGGCGGCACGAGCGGCGGGCCGUCUGCGACGGGCUGGGCGCGCGCGGCGGCGGCGGCGGCGGCAGCAGCGGCAGCGGCUGCGGCGCUGCCGACGGACCCGCGGCCGGGCCAGGACGAGCGCGCGACCGCCCAGAGCGCGCGCGCCCCCGCGCCGCUCAACCUCGUCGCGGCGCCGCUCGACCCCGCCGCGCUCGCGGCCGCCGCGGCGGCAGCGGCGGCGGUGGCUGCCGUGCAGCUGCCCGCGGCGGCGCUCGUGCAGCACCUGCUGGUGCCCCCGCCCGCAGCUGCCGGCUGGGACGCGGCCCCCUUUGGCCACCACGCCAACAACAACAUGCAGCAGCACGCCCACCACCACCGCGACCCCGUCGACGGCGCCGCCGCAGCCCUGCAGCAGCUCGGCGCCGUCCACUGCCAGCUGGCCGCGCUGUACGACUG